AUGUUUGAACGAUUAGGUUUUGUGGAACGGUGGCGAAUUCCGCAAUCGAAUUUGAUGCGAUUUGUGCUGACUGUGCGUAAAAGCUAUCGCACUCCAACGUAUCACAAUUGGCAGCAUGCAUUCAGUGUGGGGCAUUUCGCGUUUCUCUGUUUGGUCAACGCGUCCGAACGGCUUUCCGGUUUCCUGACAGGAUUGGAGAUGCUUUCCCUGUUUGUCGCCGCACUGUGCCACGAUAUCGAUCAUCGUGGUUUCAAUAACCACUAUCAGUGUCUGAGCAGUUCCACAUUGGCCUCAUUGUAUGGGGCCAGCGGGUCUAUUUUGGAACAACACCAUCUCAGUCACACGAUGCGUAUUCUCAGCUUGGACGAAUGCAAUAUUCUGACUGGACUGUCAGAUGCGGAGUACAGGCAAGUUAAGCAACUGCUAAGACAAAUAAUUCUGGCCACAGAUCUGGCGCAUCAUCUAAAAGUGUUCCCGCAUAUCGAACAGAUGAGCAUAACCGGUUUCUACCCGGACACUGCCGACCACCCGAGUCUUCUUCUAUCUCUGAUGGUGACUUCCAGCGACCUGAGUGAUCAGUGCAAAUCAUGGACUAAUACACGAAUCGCGGCUAGUUUACUGUACGAUGAGUUCUUCAACCAAGGCCAUGCAGAACGUGCUCUGGGACACGAACCCGCAGCGUCCAUGGAUCCUCGGAAAGCGUUUAUCCCAGUUCUGCAAGUCAGCUUUCUGGACUCGGUUGUUAUUCCAUGCUUUCGCGCGCUCUCGUUAAUCCUGCCCGAGUGUGAACCGGCAUUCGAUGCGGUCGGGAGGAAUCGUCACGUGUGGGCCAAAUUCACUCAGGCUGUACAAUCUGGUCAGGUCGAUUCGUUUACCACGGAUCGUUUGCUCCGGGGUCAUUAUGACGACCUGGUCAAAACGUUGGCAUCCACGGAUGAGGGGAUCUGCCAGUGUGACUGCGUUCCGCGCGACGCGGACUAA